GGAUCAGCUACAACCGAUUAGGAUGUUGAAAUUCGCAGUACUUCUCUCCGUUCUGGCCUGCGCCUGGGCAGGCACCAUUCCCGAGGGGCUCCUGCCCCAGUUGGAUGGUCGCAUCGUGGGUGGCUACGAGACCAGCAUCGAGGCCCAUCCCUACCAGGUGUCCCUGCAGCGCUACGGAUCGCACUUCUGCGGCGGCUCCAUCUACUCCCACGACAUCAUCAUCACCGCCGCCCACUGCCUGCAGUCGGUGUCCGCCAGCGAGAUCAAGGUCCGCGUGGGCAGCACCUACUGGCGCUCCGGCGGCAGCCUGCACUCCGUCCGCUCCUUCCGCAACCACGAGGGCUACAAUGCCCGCACCAUGGUCAACGACAUCGCCAUCAUCCGCAUCGAAUCCGAUCUGAGCUUCCGCUCCAGCAUUCGCGAGAUCCGCAUCGCCGACUCCAAUCCCCGCGAGGGAGCCACCGCCGUGGUUUCCGGAUGGGGCACCACCGAGUCCGGUGGCUCCACCAUUCCCGAUCAUCUGCUUGCCGUCGAUCUGAAGAUCGUCGAUGUCGAUCGCUGCCGCUCCGAUGAGUUUGGCUACGGCAGGAAGAUCAAGGACACCAUGAUCUGCGCCUACGCCGCCCACAAAGACGCCUGCCAGGGUGACUCCGGCGGACCACUGGUCUCCGGCGAUCGCCUCGUCGGUGUUGUCUCCUGGGGCUAUGGAUGCGGUGAGGUGAGGUACCCCGGCGUCUUCGCCGAUGUCGCCCACUUCCACUCGUGGAUCGAGGAGACCGCCCGAGAUGUGUAAACACUUGAAAUAAAUCGCAAUUGAACAGA